AUGCAGCUUCACAAGGAAAAAGAGCUUGUAAAGCCUAGUUCUACUGGCAGCACAACUUUGGUUGGCCCUAAUCCUUUCAAGGGAACCGCAGAAUGUGUAGCACCAUUGCUUCCUCUAUCUGGAGGGAACUGUACUGAAUCCAUCUCAGGUAUUGAUUCUAAAUUGGAGCCUCUGCUUAGAGGUUCUAACAGAAAAAUGUUAGAGAGUUCUGCCAUGAAUUCCAGUACAGCAUCUUUUUCUGAUAGACCAUUGGUGGGCUCACAGGAAAGAGGUGCUUUUUCUGUCUCUGCAUCAGCUAAACUGGCAGAAAGGAAAACAGAUCCACAACAAACUAUAUCCAGAUUGACUGACGAGGCUAUGGUAGUGAGAUACAACGAAAAUCAUGCAGUGGGGGCUGAAAAUAAUGUCAGAAGUUCUCCAAGUAUUGAUGCUGUUGGGAUGACUGCUCAUAAUAAUAAUAAGAGAAAGAGGAUUCUUGAUGCAGUUGAAUCCGUUGAACAUCUUUACGCUGAGGGUCAGAAGUGGUAUCUGCAGAUAUCUGAGAACUUAUCUAGGCUGCAUGGUAUGUUGAACAGUCAAAUGAUGAAUGACUUGGAAGGAGAGAGACCCAUGGAACUUAACCUGGAACACAAUUUGUAUGAUAAGCUAGACAGAUCACGCAAAAAGAGAAAGGCAUCUUCCAAAGAAAAAGAGGCUUCGUGGCAUUUGGACAAUACUGGUGAGCACAUGAAGAGACUUGGAAUUAAAGAGGUUAAUGUCUGCACAGAAGCUUUUCCACCUGCCUAUAAUGUAAAAGGAACUGCUCAGGCUUGCAGGGAUGCAACAGCAGAUCCUUUAAGAAGCAGCCAAAAAAUUUCGGGAAGUUUUGAUGAGAUUGUGAAUGGUGAUUAUAUGAAAAUGCUUGACUUGGAUAGUAUUGUUCUAGAGGAAUGUUACCGUAUAGCAAUUAAGACGCCUCUGUCACCUACUAUUCCUGAGAUUGAACUUCAAAGUAUUGAAACACUUGAGAUGGAAAACACAAUGCCUUUAGUAGAUGAGAGCUCCUAUGAGGGAAAUAUUAAUGUAAAGGACAAAUUGGUGCCAUGUUGCAGCCUCGAUGUCAUUAACAGGGAGAUUGAUUCCAGUGAUUUGGAAUUUAAUACCUCUAGUACUGCUCAUAUUCCGUCAUUGCAGAAGAAUGAGAUUUUUUUUGAUUCAUUUGAGAAUGUGGGAAACAAUGAAAAUGGUAACUCUAGCACUGCAUAUACGGGCAAUACUUGCAUACGUCAGUUUUGGGACUCUCGUGCUGAGUUGGAAAUGCCAAAUGUAUCUAUUUCUGGAAAUGAGGGAUCGAUUGCUUUGUGUGAGAAUAGACCUUUAUUUACCCAACAUGAUCUUCUGAAAUUCUAUUUUGUUUUUCCAGAUAGAAAUGACGGUGGCAGCAUAUCUAAGAUAUUUCAUGCUAUGAGAAGUUGCAUGUCUCAAUGCUUUAUGCUUUCUCAGACGGAUUGGUUGGUUCGAAAUAUUCUGAUGGCCCUUUUGAAGGUUGAAGAUCUUUCUCCUAGGGAGAAGGGGUGUGUUUUCUUCUCGCUGCUACUGCACACCUUUUCCGGGAAUGCAUUGGAAAACUUCAGAAAUUUCUCAGACAUGGAUCCGAUCCUCUUCUUAGAUGCUUUUGCUGGUCAAAUGUGCACAGUUAUGUCUGAUUUAAAGACUCGAAGUAUGUUUGUGGAAUUAUGCCACUUGGAUGACCUGCUUACUCUCAUUGAGGAUUUUCUUAUAGAUAGAAGAGUGCUGGCAUUUGGUGAUGUAUCCUCUCAAUCAAUGCUUGCAUUGGAUUCGACAGUCAAGAUUGGUAUGGAUAGUGGGGAUAUAGUCUUAUCUGUUCAAGCGGCUUCAACUCAGCAGUUGGUGGCCGGAAGCAUUAUUUUAGCGUCAUUAUGUACAGCAAUUGACCACAUUGGUUUUAUAUGUGAGGCUUCAUACAACAUUUUCAGGAUGCAGAAAUUUGACUCUUCAUUGACACUAACUAUUCUGCAUGUGUUUGCUCAUGUGUGUGGUUCUAUGUAUUUUUCCCUUGAUGACUUCAGUUUAAUAAUGACCGUGAUCAAAUCUAUGGUUACCUUUCUUGAGAGGACAAAUUCACCUACUUUUUCUGCUUAUUGUCUUCCAUCUAUGACUGGUGCUCAGUCUAAUGCGGCAUGUCCAUUUUCUGAGGGUGCAGCUUCUGUGGAUAUUGUUAUUUUGCUUCUCUUGGAAAAACUUCAGAACUAUGCCAUGUCGAGUACCCUGCAUCAAGAUCCGAUGGAAUUAGUUAAGUCAGCAAAUUCUGGAGCUUUAUUCCAUGAGGAGAAAACUGAACAAACUGCAGGUCACCGAGGGGGUUAUGGUUCCCUAUGUUUUAACUGCAAUGUAUCUUGUUUGAACAAGUUUGAGAUGCCUAGUCUUCACCCAAACUCUUUUUUCGAGGGGAACUCUUUCCACUUCAUUGAUGUCAUUUCAUUAGUGGAAAUGGUGGCAUUCAGUAUGACCUGGGACUGGACAUUUGACAACGUUGUCUGUCAACUGUUUAAAAUAUUGGACUCCUGUGUUCUGGAGGAGCUUUCUGCUGCUAUUGUCAUUCUUCUUGGUCAACUGGGAAGGUUUGGUAUUGAUGCUCAUGGAUAUGGGAACCCAGGAGUUGAAAAUCUGAGAGGUAUGUUGUCUGCAUUUCUUUGCCAGUGUGAUUCAAGGAAAUUUGGUUUUCCUAUUCAAGUUGCUACUGUAACUGCUUUGGUUGGGAUUCUUUCGCACAAUUUUGAAGAGCUUAUUAAGAGUGAUGUGGAGCUUCCUGCAGUUGUAAGUCAAUCUAGUCCUGCUGAUUGUAUAAGGAAGUGGUUUUCUUUUCUAAGCAGUGAACAACAGCUCUCGUCAUUCAGACUUAUACAACAUACUAAUGUACCCAGUUGCAGAGCCGUAUAG